CUACCGUUCGUCACUCCUGUCCCUGUCCCUCUCCCUUUAAAGCAGCCCUCGUUUCACGACAAUGGAUCAUAGCGGACAUGGCGGUGGAAGCGGUGGAAUGACUAUGGACCACAUGAUGGACCAUAACAUGAUACCCUACUUCCACUCGACCCCCGGCAUCGCUCUUUGGUUUAAAGAAUGGACACCGAGCUCCGCUGGAGGCAUCGUAGGAGCAUGCUUUGUUCUGUUCUUCUUUGCACUCUUCGAGCGGUUCAUCUCCGCGGUGAGAGGUGUAUGUGAACGCCAUUGGCAAGCGAGAGCUUUGUUGUUGUCCAACAAAUGCUCCCCUUCCACGUACGAAACUAGGACCUCCCCAGUCUCAAAGGUGCCGUCCUCGCAAGAGGAAGGGGUGGUCGAAGUUCAUGAAGUCCCAGCAACAGUCCCUUCGGUUGUUCCACGAGUCAACUCUCGCACCAUUCCGCCCUUCCUUACCGGCCACGAUAUACCAAGAGGUCUUCUGCAUGGAUUCCAGGCGAUGUUGAGCUAUGCGCUCAUGUUGGCUGUGAUGACAUACCGUGUGGAUUUUGUUUUGUGUAUCGUCGUUGGGUCAGGCGUAGGCGAGAUUCUGUUCGGGCGUGCUGGCGGCGGUGUUGGAGGGCACUGAUACUCUCUUUUGGCACCGCGUUCGUUUUCUGCCUUUUUUUUUUUUUUGCUUUUAUGCUAUUUCCUCGCUAUCUUCCUAUUGUACAGUCAGCUAUGCUCAGGCUCGCCCAUCGUUGUAUACGUAUUACGAUACCACCCUCCCCAUUCUGAAUCACAUUAUAAGGAAUCCUACCGUCC